GGGGGGGAAUGAUUAUAAGUCGCCUUCUUCACGUCCGUUGUAUCUUCAGACGGUUACUAAACGAAUGGUUGUAAUUCGAGGACUACCUGUAAACUUUUGCCCAAGCUUUUACAGUGCUAAAAUAAGCAGAGGAGUCCUACUUGCAGCGUUGGCAUGAUUGCUGGGUUAGGAGAAGAAGAGAAAAAAAUUCAAUAUUUAUUGUCCAGUAUCGCCUGGGCAGCUGAUUUUCCUGCCACUCGAGCAGAGACAAUCAGUGUGUCAGAUAACCACACAAAUUCCCUCCCUCCCUUCUUGCCCCCCACGUCUCCCGGCCGACGUGCCAGGAGGCCCGUUGCCAGCGUGCUCCGCUGGCGUUGAGCCAGGCAGCCGGCCAGCUGGGCACUGCCCCCUUUCUCCUUCCGCCGCUCUCUGAACUAGAGGGAGGUCUUCAUUCUCCUCCUUGGAUCCUCCAGGUGUUUCCAGCCGAUCUUCCAGAGGCGAUUUACAGGAUGGAUCCCCAGAUCUCGGCCAGGCUGAACUCCAGGAAGAGGAGGAAAGAAGGAGGGGGUCCCAAUGGGGCCGCGGAGUCGGACGGCAUCCCCUUAAAACUGCCCCGCAACUGUUUUGGCCUACGAGAGCCAGCGCCGUUUUCCGAUGAGCUGGAGGUGGAUUACAGCAAGGCCUACACCCGGGUCACAUUUGAGGAGGCCACGAGGGGGACGCCCUUGGACAGGCCCGUCAGAGUUUAUGCCGAUGGGAUUUUUGACCUCUUCCACUCCGGACACGCCCGGGCUCUCAUGCAAGCCAAGAACCUCUUCCCCAACACCUACCUCAUUGUGGGAGUCUGCAGCGACGAGCUGACGCACAACCUCAAGGGCUUCACCGUCAUGAACGACGCCGAGCGCUACGACGCCGUGCAGCACUGCCGUUACGUGGACGAGGUGGUGAGGAACGCACCCUGGACCCUCAGCCCGGAGUUCUUGGUGGAGCACAGGAUCGACUUUGUCGCCCACGAUGACAUCCCCUACUCCUCGGCCGGCAGUGAUGACGUCUACAAGCACAUCAAAGAAGCAGGAAUGUUUGCCCCCACGCAGAGGACCGAAGGCAUUUCCACCUCGGAUAUCAUCACCCGCAUCGUCCGGGACUACGACGUCUACGCCCGGCGGAAUCUGCAGCGGGGUUACACGGCCAAGGAGCUCAACGUCAGCUUCAUCAACGAGAAGAAGUACCACUUGCAGGAGAGGGUGGACAAGGUGAAGAAGCGGGUGAAGGACGUGGAGGAGAAAUCGAAGGAAUUUGUCCAGAAAGUGGAAGAAAAAAGCAUCGACCUCAUCCAGAAGUGGGAGGAGAAAUCGCGGGAAUUCAUCGGCAACUUCUUGGAGAUGUUCGGCCCCGAAGGCGCCUUGAAGCAUAUGCUGAAAGAAGGGAAGGGGCGCAUGCUGCAGGCCAUCAGCCCCAAGCAAAGUCCCAGCAGUAGCCCCACCCACGACCGCUCGCCCUCGCCCUCCUUCCGCUGGCCUUUCACCGCCCGGACGCCCCCCCUGUCUCCCGCCGGCAUCCCCCGGAACAAGUCGACAGCCAGCUACGACAUCAGCGAGGAUGAAGAGGACUGAGCCUGCCUCAGGAGACGGCGGCAGCAGUGGGGCGUGAGGAUUACGGAAGCCACGAGCCACUUAGGGAGACCCCGAGAACUUUGGCCUGGCUCCCGAAAUUCCAGAGCUGAGAUGGUCGCACCACCAGAGAUGUCUUCUCUCCACAACCUCUGCGAGCUGGCACAAGCCGUAGCAUUUUCCUUAUUUUUAUUUCUAGUUUUAUUUUUCUCCUCUCCUUCCCCCGGUUAUUUCUCGCCCCGAACGGAGGGGAAACCGUGACUUUUCUUUUAAAAACAAGCGUUUUAUUUUUGCCGGGAGCCGAAAGCAUCCAAUUCGGAGACGGUGAGGAUUGGGAACCUCUCGUUUCUCGUCCGGCUUCUCAUCCUUAACGUCGCCAUCUCCGGCGGAAGGCCCUUCAAGUGGGCGAACCGGGGUGCGGGUGGGGUGGGGGGGUGGGAGGAAAAGGAAGAAGCUGCAAAAAUGCCACGCCCCACGCCUAGGGGGAGGGAGAGAGGGCACCGUCUCGCAGCCUCCCCGUGUCUCUAGUCCUCAAGAGAGAAAGCGGAGAGGCGAUGCGAAGUGAAAUGUUGCUUCGGGGUUUCCCCAAGAAACUCACACCUGGGUUUCACGCUCCCCGCUCUUCCUGUGUGCGUGCCCCCCCCCAAAAAAAGUGAAAGCUGCCUUUUUUCGCUUCCUUUUGCAACGUCCCGCAAGGGGGGGUCAGAGCUGCAGGUGCACAGAGACAAACGGGGAGGGGGAGCGGCAAACUUCUGUCCUGACUCGGCUGAGAGUUUCCAGAUUGUUGUUGUCGGUCUUUGAGGAUGGCGCAUCCGUUGCACUUAAAAAGCUGUUAACGGACACGGAAAACGUCCCCGUUUUCGCCUAACAGAACCCGCUGGCUCUUGGUCCCGUCACACUCCCCACCUCCAAGCUAUUUUGCAAAGGGCCACCGCCCGUUUCAGUAGCGUUUCGCCUUGGUGUGUCCUGUCCCGUUGCGGGGGGGUGGGGAGCCACCGGUCUCUGCAGGCGGCUGGUCUUCGCGCCCACCUUUUUACCCCGAAAGGCGCUCUCUCUUCUCGCGCGCCCCGCGCUGUCGAGAACCGGCCUGGAUUCUGCCCCGCGGCUGAAGGAAGGAAGCCCCGUCAAGCGGUGCCGGAGCCGAGGUGGGUGCACCGUCAUCCCCUGGGCCCCCGAUUGCAGGAUUUGGAGGGGGCGCCUGGCCAUCUCCCCACCGCCUCACUCCUCUGGAGAAUGCCGGGCAACAGCUGGGUGGCGGCAGCUGCUCGUUUGUCCUGGCACAGCGCCCGUUCGUUAGGAACCCACUUCUCGUUGGCUGUUGUUCUUAACCCUAUAAUAAAUGUUCGGGUUUGA